AAAAUUUCGGAAUUUUGGAGCGACGGUUUCGCGCUGGCGGUCGGCGUGGUGUGGGGAGGUGGUCGGUGCGCGCACAUAAUUUCUGUCCAGAGCUUUUUGCUCUUCGCGGAAAGACGAGACUCGCAGGCCCCUCUCGCUUCCCCCGAUCACCACCCAUUGAAAUACUUUCUCCAUUAACUCUUCGAGGAUCGUAUCCGACAACAACCCCAAGCAAAUCGCCAAGAUGUCGGACGUAGAAGAGAACACUGUCCCCGCCUCCGAGGAGGUUGAGGUUUCCGCCGAUGCUGCCCCCAAGGGCCAGAUGAGCGUCCUUGAUGCCCUCAAGGGUGUUCUCAAGAUCUCCCUCAUGCACGACGGUCUUGCCCGCGGUCUCCGUGAGGCCUCCAAGGCCCUCGACCGCCGUGAGGCUCACAUGUGCGUCCUCAACGAGUCCUGCGAGGAGGAGGCCUACAAGAAGCUCGUCAUUGCUCUUUGCUCCGAGCACAAGAUCCCCCUCAUCAAGGUUCCCGAUGGCAAGCAGCUCGGCGAGUGGGCUGGUCUCUGCGUCCUUGACCGUGAGGGUAACGCCCGCAAGGUCGUCAACUGCUCUUGCGUCGUUGUCAAGAACUGGGGUGAGAUGUCCUCCGAGCGUGAGAUCCUCCUCAACUACUUCCAGACCGAGCAGUAAAUUGGCGAUUCGCAUCUUGGCGAGGCGGAACACCUAGGGAUGGACAGGCUGUAGACGCGUCCCAGACAUUGGCUCUAACAAGCCCUGUGUCUGGUUGGACGUACGCUUGGGUAGACCUUACCGACUGGCACAAAUGCUUAGAGCAGGCCUUAACUGGCUUCCCUGCAAGGGGCAAUAAACAACGUAAAAGGUCCAAAAACUGCUGGCCAAUUCUUGAAGUGACUCUGUAUGAAUCGCGUUGUCAUGCGUGAAAUCCUGCAAUUUGUAUGCCAUUGUCAAUGGCGUCACAAGCCCAUGGGAAGAGCAAGGACUUGUUCUCCAAAUGGGGAAUGGAAAAGGGGACUAACACCCAAAGGUUGUAGUAUGCAUUCUUAUAUCAUUUUUUACCCUCUACCAUGAUGAUGUGGUAGCC